AUGAAGUUCGUACACAGGAUCGUGAUUGCAGUCGUCGCGAUUAGUAUCGUCGAUUCGAAGUCUCAGUCGAGAAAAGAUAAAAGAGGCGUAACCGUGUUGGGACCGUCUGGUUACGACUUCUUCGGAGUGGCUCCUAUUUUUUCCACCGGUGCAUGGCCCCCAUCGAGCUUUGGAUCUGUUCCUUGGAAUCCUUCCGGAAUACCCGACAUUCCUUUAACGCAGGUCCAGGUCCAAGCCACGCACAAUGUCGCUGUUCAGGCAUUAAGGGAUCCAGUCUCCGGCACGCCGAGCAUCGCUUACCCUCCGGACGUGCUGAAAGCCAUACAACUGGCCAAGGAAGCGAAUCAGAAUGUAAAUUCAGCGCAGCAGAAAGUAGCCGAGGCCAAACAGGCCGCUAUUGUUCAGCAGAAAAUUGCACUGGCCAAGGAAGCUGCCGCGAGGGAAGCCGCGGCGAGGUCGCAAGAAAUCUCGUCGAACGCCGAGGCCGAGGCGAGAUCGAGCGCGAAGCAAUUGGUGGCUCUGCAGCAGAGAUUAGCGUCGUUGAAGGAUGCCGUCGCAGCUGCUCAACGAGUGGCUGCGGCGAGGGAAGCCGCAGCAGCCGCCGCUAUUCAGAGAAACGCUGCUGCGACCGCUGCCGAGUUACAGAAGCAGGACGUGGACAAGCAGAUCACUCAGAGCGAACAGGAAGCGAAGGAAAAGGACAUAAUCGCUGCGAAGGAGAACGCCGUCGCGAACGCUGUGCAGCUCGCGGCUCUUCAGAAACCACCGCAUCAUCCAUGGCGUCGUUAAGCAAUUUCUAUUAAGCACGAAG